UGUGAGUCUGUUCCGCAUUCCUCAAACACACACACGGACACACACACACACACACACACACACACUCACACACACACACAGAGUCCGGACUGGGAUCGGGAGCAGACCAGGAUCUCGUCCAUGGGUUACUCUGCGGUUCAUCGGAGCAUCAGAGCCGGAAUGUGAGGUCAAACUGAAGAGGAUGAAGAGUCAAAGUUCUCAUGAUGAUGAUGAAGAAAGAGUUAACGAUCUGAUGAGGAUGAAGUCCAGUUUCAGAUAAUCUGUCGGGACCAUUAGAGAGAUCCAACAUGGCUGCCUUCAAACCUGAAAAUGUGGAAGACUUUUAUGAGAUGGGAGAAGUUCUGGGGAGUGGGCACUUCGGUCAGGUCCGGCAGGUGCGGGAGCGCUCCACUGGGACUCUUUGGGCGGGAAAGUUCAUGAAGAUCAAGAAGAGUCCGUGCAGUCUCCUGGGUCUGGAUCGGGGCGGCGUGGAGCGCGAGGUCGAGAUCCUGCAGGCGGUUCAACAUACAAACAUCGUGACUCUCCGAGACGUGUUCGAGAGCCGAGCGGAGGUGGUGUUGAUCCUGGAGCUAGUGAGCGGAGGAGAGCUGUUCGACUUCAUCGCUGGGAAGGAGAAUCUUCUAGAAAGUGAAGCCAUCGAGUUCAUGAAACAGAUUCUGGAGGCUCUGCGGUUCAUGCACAGCAAGAACAUCGUUCACUUCGACCUGAAGCCGGAGAAUGUGAUGCUGUCGGACAACUCUUCUCAUCCAGUCAUCAAACUCAUCGACUUCGGCCUCGCUCAGCGUCUCCGUCAGGGGGAGGAGUAUAUCAGCACGAGUGGAACGCCGCAGUACAUCGCCCCCGAAGUGAUCAACAGUGAACCUCUGAGUACAGCUGCAGAUAUGUGGAGCAUCGGAGUCAUCACCUACAUACUUCUGAGUGGUUUGUCACCGUUUCAAGGCUACACAGACGAAGAGACUCUGAGGAACAUCCUCGCCAUAACUUACGAGUUCGAUGAUCGAGUUUUCAGCACGACGAGCUCGAUGGCCAAAGACUUCAUCCAGAAACUGUUGGUCAAAGAUCCAAGAGAGAGAAUGACAGCCGACGAGAGUCUUCUUCAUCCCUGGAUCAAACCGAUCACUCGUACUCAGGCGACGAAAAGGAAUCGCUCAUCCAUCAACAUGAAGAACUUCAAAAAGUUCAACGCCCGUAGGAAAUGGAAGAUGUCCUAUAACAUGGUGUGGAUGUGUAACCGCUUUGUCCGCCUGAAGCUACUGUGUAAAAGCUCCAACCCGGAUCCCCUCCAGAGGGACUGUGAAAGUGAUGCCGAAGACACAGAAACCAAACCAGCUUCUCUGCUGCGACGACGACUCAGCAGCAGUUCGUAAAGGUGAUGAUGAAGAGCUGAGGAAGAUGAAGAGCUGAGAGGAGGAAGAGUUGAGGAAGAUGUAGAGCUGAGAGGAGGAAGA